AUGAAUCUUACUACUAACACAAUCAACAACCUUGGCAAUUAUGAACAAAUGUCAACAACGAAUUCCCAAUCAAUGAAGUUACAAAUGCAAUCGUCUAAUAUCAUCAACCAAAAGCGAUGCAAACAAAUGACGAAUGCAAUUAUAAUGACAUAUCCCGAUGACAAUGAGACUACUAAUGAUAUGGCAUUAUGUCAAACAAUCUCGAGCUUACCAUCAUCUACGGGAAAUGCAACACAUUGGUUAAUCAAAAUUAGCAAAUCAUGGCACUAUGUUCAUAAGCAUCAAGUAAGGGCAUCAUUCCUCACAAGGGAUCACUCUAACACUCAAGUGUUUCGGGUGCGAAAGGAGAGGCUGUUGCACUCUGGACCAAUCUCCCGGUCUAUGCGGGAGAUCUUUAGAAAGUGCUGGUUCGAGAAUGGGCGAGCCUGGAGGUUUCUGACUGCAGAGCAGACAGAUUUCUAUUGGGAGGAAUUUAAGAAGGAAUACUGGUGGGAUACGGCGGAUUACAGCGACGACGUCAUCAAAAGUGUAUUCAUGGCGCAUGCUGCAAACCGAUAUAAGGACGUUAUUCAUAGGAUGAGAGAGAAGGACGAAAAACAUACCUCGAUCAGCCAAGUUAUCUGGGAUUCCUGGAAGGCCGUCUGGGCGUCAGAAGAUAAGAAGAAGAAGUCCGAUGUAGCUCGCGCUAAUAGGAUGAGCGAGCCUGCUGGAGCUGGUUCCGGACCAGUACGCCAUACAGGGGGAUCCCGUUCCGCCAUCCGACAUAUGGAUGUGUUGGCUGAAGAGCUCGGCCGCAAGCCUACCGCAACGGAGCUGUAUACUCGGAUGCACUCCACGAAAGCUGAUAAGGGUGUCAUGGUAGACAAGAGGGCCCAGAACAUGAGUGAUGCAAUUGCUCAGAGACUUGCUGCUGCAUCGCAGCCGCCGACCGAUGGGGGUUCUUCUAGCACAGCAGAAGUCGACGAGACCCAGCUGUUUCUGGAUAUCGAGGGCGUUAACAAGAAGCGUCGUGUUUACGGGUUGGGUUCAGCGACUAGUGCGUACGUGGAUACGACGACGUCUAGUAGGGCGAGGACCAGGUCCACACAGUCACAGCGAACUGAGGAGGAGAUCGAGCGGCGUGUGCGGGCGGGGAUCCAGGACGGACUGCGCCAGAUUACCACUGAGGUGGAGGAUCUCCGUGCGCAGCAGGCGAGAGCCAAUGAGAGGAUGGCCGAGAUUAUUCAGGCUGAGAUGGCAAAGAUGAUGCAGACUCUUCCUCCGCAGUAUCGCCCACCUCCACCCUAA